UAGGAGACCCAGCUAAAGGUUUGUUUCCAACUGUGUCCAACCUAGCUACUCACGCCAUCAUCACAGUAAACGCCACCUGUGGAGAGACUGGUCCAGAAGUUUACUGCAAACUCGUUGAACAUGUGUAUUUGACAAAUCCAGACCAGAGACUUUCAGUUUCUUCAAGACAGCAACAGUGUGGUGUUUGUGAUGCUACCAGUCCUGAUUUAGACGAGCGACAUCCAAUUGUAAAUGCUAUAGAUGGAACCAAUAGUUGGUGGCAGAGCCCCACAUUACAAAAUGGAAAACAUUAUGAACGAGUCACUAUCACACUUGAUCUUAAACAAGUCUACCAGAUAGCAUAUGUUAUAAUCAAAACGGCAAUAUCUCCACGACCUGGAAACUGGAUUCUUGAGAGGUCGCCUGAUGGUGUAAACUAUAAGCCCUGGCAGUACCAUGCCAUCAGUGAGGCUGAAUGUUGGGAGGUGUAUGGUAUCCGUCCUACAAUUGGCCUCCCUCGCUAUAGAACUGAUGAUGAAGUUAUAUGCACAUCCUAUUAUUCAAAACUGGACCCUCUAGAAAAUGGAGAGAUUCAUAUAUCCUUAGUAAAUGGAAGACCAGGUGCUGCUGGUCCAAGUAAAACUUUAAUGGAAUUUACCAACGCUCGUUUUGUAAGGCUUCGUCUUGAAAAAAUCCGUACUUUGAAUGCAGAUUUGAUGACAUUACACACUGAGUAUCCUCGUCAUAUAGACAAGUCUGUGACAAGACGAUAUUUCUACUCCAUUAAAGAUAUCUCGAUUGGUGGUCAAUGUGUAUGCUAUGGUCAUGCUGGAAAAUGUCCUGUGGACCCUAACACUGGUGAAUUCCAUUGUUUGUGUAAGCACAAUACCUGUGGAGAUCGGUGUGACCACUGUUGUCCACUAUACAACCAGAAACCAUGGAGAGCGGGUACAAAUAAAGAUGCUGCUGCCUGUGAAAAAUGUGAAUGUUUUGGCCAUGCUGAUGAAUGCUACUAUGAUGAAAAUGUUGCUAGUAAAAAUGGAAGCUUAAAUACUAAAGGACACUAUAAAGGUGGUGGUGUUUGUGUGAAAUGUAAGCAUCACACUUUCGGUGUGAACUGCGAAACUUGUGAGGAUGCUUAUUACCGCCCUUCUAGUGUGUCUAGGUGGGACCUAAGUCCAUGUAGGAAGUGCAAGUGUUCUGGACCUGGUAGUACAGGAAGUUGCAUAAAGGAUGAUUCUCAUACUAGUGAAGACUUGCUUCCUGGAGACUGUAUAUGUCGAAUAGGCUAUACAGGAAAAAAGUGUGACAAGUGUGCUCCUGGUUUCAAGAGUUAUCCUCAAUGUAAACCCUGUCCCUGCUUAUUUGCAGGCACUAUCAGUGGAACAACUUGUGAAGGAGAUUGUGUUUGUAAGCUGAAUGUUGAAGGUCCUCGUUGUGAUCGAUGCAAGUCCGGACACUACAAUUUAGAUGAGAACAAUCCAGAAGGUUGUUCUCCCUGUUUCUGUUCUGGUGUUACACAUGACUGUAAAGUGAGUGACUGGGGUGUCAAAACUAUAACUGAGACACAAGGCUGGUUGGUGUCAGACAUAAAAGGUUCACAAAAUAUUAAUGCAUUGUACAUAAAUGAAAAAUUCUCUGUUGGAGCUGAUGAAGUGCCAGAUCUUGAUAGUUACUAUUGGAAAGCACCCCCAGCAUACUUAGGAAAUAAGCUAUAUUCAUAUGGCUCAAAUUUGACCUUUAUUACAAGCUACAUUGUACCUCGUGGGGACACUUCAGGCAUGCAUACAGGAGGACCAGAUAUCAUUCUCAAGGGAAAUGGUAUUCGUAUUGGAUCUGGUUGGGAUGAGCAUAAAGAGGAGAACAAUGUGACAUUAUCUGUCCCUCUACAUCAACAAGAGUGGUAUCAGCUCACAAAGGAUGACAAACCUGACUCCAAACAUGUUGAUAGAGAGACUUUUGGUUUUAUAUUAAAUAAUUUGGAUUAUCUUCUGGUUCGGGCUAAAUACCAUACAGAACAAAUGGAAGGGCUCCUUCAUGAGACUAAGCUGGAGAUAGCAUCCCAGGAAGUGGAUAGUGUAAGAAAAAUGACUUCAGUAGAAAAAUGUAAAUGUCCACCAGGCUAUGCAGGCUUAUCUUGUGAAGUCUGCAGCCCUGGCUAUCGGCGUAUUAAUAAACAUUUCUUGAAAGGAUCUUGUGAGAAAUGUGAUUGUCAUAAUCAUGCACCAAGUUGUGAUCCAGUUACAGGCCAAUGUGAGACUUGCAUUCAUAAUACUACUGGCCGAAGAUGUGGAAGAUGCAAGAAGGGUUUCUAUGGAAAUGCAAAAAUUGGCCUACCUGAUGACUGCAAACCUUGUGCAUGCCCCAUCGAAAAUUCUGGAAACAACUUGUGUCCUUGCGAAACUACUAUAGAUACUCAAGGCAGAGUAGAUUACAUCUGUACAAAAUGUCCUAUUGGAUACGAGGGAAACAAAUGUGAAAUUUGUGCAGAUGGGUUCUUUGGAAAUCCACAAAUCUCUGGGAGUAUUUGCCAGCCUUGCGAUUGUAACAAUAAUGUAGAAAGAAAACCUGGAUUCUGUGAUCGCUUCACCGGAAAGUGUCUGAAGUGUCUUUAUAACACACAUGGUUGGAACUGUGAGGAAUGCUUGGAAGAACAUUAUGGGGAUGCACUUAAGCAUAACUGCAAGCCUUGUGAGUGUAAUCCCCUUGGAUCUGAAAUACCAUUAUGCAAUCCAGACAGUGGGCAGUGUCGAUGUAAAACUAACUUCACUGGGAGACAAUGUGACAACUGUAUUGAAGGGCACGGGAAUAUGAAAGAGGGAUGUGUGCCCUGUAAAUGCAAUAAUGUUGGUUCCAAAUCAGAUCAAUGUAAUUUUGUAACUGGUUACUGCAUUUGUCAACCUGGCAUCUUUGGAGUCCACUGUGACAGGUGUUUGGAUGGAUUCUAUAGUUUUUCCAGAUCAGGAUGCAAAGAGUGUGGGUGUGACAAAAAUGGAUCAGAAAAUCCCCGAUGUGAUGAAAUAGGAGGAAAUUGUCAUUGUAAACCUCAUGUGAUUGGCAGAGCUUGUGAUAAAUGUCAGCCUGGCUACUGGAACAUAAAAUCUGGUAAAGGGUGUCAAGUGUGUAACUGUAAUAGCAUUGCCACUAUCUCCUCUGAGUGUGAUAUCACGAGUGGUCAGUGUAACUGUAAACCAGGAGUUGGUGGUCAACAGUGUGACCAUUGUCUUCCUGGUCACUAUGGGCUCACUUCUGGAGGAUGUAAAAAAUGUGAUCCAUGUGACCUCCCAGGACAUAUGUGUGAUCCUGGAAAUGGGCGUUGUGUGUGUCCUCCCAAUACAGUUGGUGAUCUGUGCCAGUUCUGUGAUUCAGGUUCUUGGGGUUAUGAUCCCAUUUUUGGAUGUAAGCUGUGUAACUGCAGCAACGAAGGAUCUGUUAGACAAACUCCAGCUUGUGAUGAAAAAACAGGAAAAUGCACAUGUUUGGAAGAGUAUGAAGGCCGUCGGUGUGAUCACUGUCGACAUGGUUACUACAGUUUUCCUAGGUGCCAGGCUUGUGGUUGUCUUACUGAUGGAACUGUGUCUGCAGAAUGUAUGUCAGAUGGCCUGUGUCAGUGUGAUGAGGCUGGACAGUGCCCAUGUAGGGAUAAUACCAUGGGAAGAAAAUGUGAUCAGUGUAGAGAUGGAACAUUUGGUUUGCAUCAGAAACAUCCUGAGGGAUGCAUCGAAUGUUUCUGUUUUGGACGAACUAAAAAUUGCAAGCAAGCAGAAGCUACGUGGUCAAAGAUAACAGUGAAUUCUAGACAAGCAACAUUAACUCUAAGAGGAGACACUCAUCUUUCUAAGCUUCAGAGAUUUGUUCUCAUCCCCAACAGAGUAGGAGAUGUUACUUUAGGUAUAAAACAUAUUCCUGAUAAACCAAUUUAUUGGAACCUACCAGACAAGUUCUUAGGAGACAAGGUGUUGGCUUACAAUGGUGAACUUGUGUUUGAAAUUGAAAGCCGUGGUCAAAGUCGAUUUCCUGAUAGUAGGUUAGAUGAGUAUCCUCUGGUGGUGUUACAAGGAAACAUCCGUCUUAUCCUUAAACAUUCUUCAUCUUCAUUAAACUUGUCGAGGCAUCAUACAGUUCGAUUCCAUGAGGAUGAGUGGAAACAACUGGAUAACUCCCAGCUGCCAGUUACCCGUGCUAUGAUGAUGGUUGUUCUACAGAAACUUGAAGCUAUACUGAUCAGAGCUACUGAAGGUCCUGAUGUUAAGUUAGCAAGGUUAAAUUUUGUAUCCAUGCAAGUGACUACACAGGUAUCUUCCCGUCUUGAAACUUCUUCCAAAGCUAUUGGAGUAGAAGACUGUAGAUGUCCACCUCAUUAUACAGGCCUUUCUUGUCAGGACCCAUCUGAUGGAUUCUAUCGAAAGAGAAAACCCAAUUUUUUCGACAGUAGAGAUAUCUUGGAUUUAGUGGGCUGGGCUGAACCUUGUGACUGCAAUAAUAAGACUCCAUACUGUAAUAAAGAAACAUCAGUCUGUAUUAACUGUACAAGUAACACAGCAGGUCCACACUGUGAACUUUGUGCCCCUGGUUACUAUGGAGAUCCAAGAAAAGGCCCCUGCUAUCCUUGUGCUUGUCCUUUACCAACAAACAGUUUUAGUGAUACAUGUCAAGCUGACGGUAGUGACUACAUUUGCACCAAUUGUCUGAAAGGCUAUACAGGUAGACAGUGUGAAAGGUGUGAAGAUGGCUAUUAUGGAAGUCCUAUAACACAAGAUGGAACCUGCAGACCAUGCAGUUGUAAUGCUUAUGGCUCUCGUAACAGAGUAUGUGACAAAAGAACAGGCCAAUGUUCUUGCAUACCAGGCAUUACUGGCCGUGAUUGUAGCGUCUGUCAACCUCGUUAUGUUUUAACUGAAGUUGGUUGCAAAUCUUGUAAUGAUAAUUGCACUGGUGUUUUAUUGGAUGACAUGGAGUUUCUGAUGAAGAUGGUGAAUGAAACUAAGGUCUCUAAUGUGAUACUACCCCCUUGGGGAAUACUUUUGGAUAUAGAUAACAUGACGUAUCAUUUACAGGUUCAGGUUGAUGCAUACCAGGAUGCUGUAAAUCGUGGCCAGAAACUUCUUGGUAAUUUUUCCUACUAUUUUGAUUUGGAAACUUGGGCAGGCAACUUACAUUUACGGGCUAAAGGUGCUGUAAAUGAAGCAAGACCUAUUGCUGAUGAUGCAAACAAAAUUUUAGAAAGUUCCAGAGAGCUUCUCAAUCUGAUAGAAAAACUUUGGGAUGAUAUUCUGAAUACUGUUCAAGAACCAAAGAAUUAUGGUUUAGACCCAUCUAGACCAAGAGUUAGUUUAGAUGAGAUGCUUAGAAAGGCUGAAGAAAUUUUGCAAGAGAUUAGAGCACGAGACUUUAGCCCCAUCAGUCGUAAUGCUAAGGAGGAACUUUGGAGAGCUAAUAUACUUCUAGACAGAGUGAAAGGAUUUAAAAUGGAUCUUCAUGAAGUUGAUGGGCUGCAAAAACGCUUGGAUCAGCUAAAGGGGCUCCUAAAUGAAAUGUUGAAUAUUAUAAAAGAGGAAAUCCAGAAACCAACAGAAAAAGCAAGAAUUGCUGCACAGUCAAACAGGUUGACUCAAAAUCAAAUAAAGGAGGAUUUAGAAGACAGUGUAAAGAUAAAGCAUUCUGUUAGCACAACAUUAUCAGAAGCUGAAGGACUGGUGAACCUGGCAAAACAAGCACUCAGUGAUGCUAUUCUGAAAUUUAAAGAACUUGCUAGAUUACAAUAUGAAUUUUUAAAUGCAACUGAGAAUGUAGAAGAAAAACGUGGGAUCCUAGCUCUCCUGAAUCCUAAAUACAAUGAAACUUUUGUUGUUCCUGCACAGAAACAUGCUGAGGACUUGCGGAAACAAGCUCAGCAGCUACAGGAUCGUUUUAGUGCAACAAAGGAAGUUUCAGACCUUCCACUGAAAGCAGCAAAAGCAUACAAAGAUAUUGUAGAUGCACUGAAUGCAGCGGAGGAAGCUGCCAGGAAAGCUGAAUCUGCUGCAGAAAGAGCUUAUAAUGUGGCAUACCCAGGAACAGAUGAUGCUUUAACAAAGCAAGCCAAAAGAGCCCGUACUAAAAGUGAAGAGCUACUUAAAGAAGCCGCAAACUUGCGUGAUGAAGUUCCAAAACUCAGAAUUCGUCUGGAAGACAAGAAGAAGAAUCUGAACAAAAUCCAAGAAGACAAUGCAUACAGCAGAAUUAAUCUUGAUGUUAUUAAUAAUGGACUGAAUCAUCUUCCCAAUGACAUUGGAGACAAGUUAUGGCAGAUGGAAGGCCAUCUCAGUGGAAUACUAGACCAGGCUGAGCAAACACACACAAAAAUUGAUAACAUUCAAGAUAAAAUUGAUGAAGAGCUUAGUCCUCAGUUUGAAGCUUUGAAUACAGGAUCUAAGGCAGAAUUUGGAAGCAUCAGGGAUACCAUCAACAGGGCUAGAGCUUACACCUUCGAUAUCAAGAGACAGGCAGAAGAAAUGAAAAGACUUUCCAAAACAGUGGAGUCACACCGCAGAGAUACUCAACUGAAACUAAAGGAAUUAAAAAACAAAAUUAAGUUUGCCAGGCAGAUGGCAUCAAGUCUCAAAGUGUCUAUAACUACAGACAGCAGUGGAAAGUGUAAACGAUCGUAUCAAUCACAAGUAGAGCCCUCAACUGUCACUAACAUCAUUCUUAAUUAUGCACUCACCAAAGAAGAAGAUAAAGAUAGCCUUUUGUUUUACUUAGCCAACCCAGUAUUAGAUGACUUUAUGGCUAUAGAGAUGGUCAACUGGAAGAUUAACUUUUUAUGGAAUGCAGGAGGUGGCACUGAAGUUAUUCAACAUGGCCUCAUUCUUGAAAUUAAUGAUGAACAAUUGUCAAACGAAAAAUACUGGUAUACUAUAGAAGUAAACAGGAUCGGAAAUAUUGCUACUCUAACUGUAAAGCCAGCAUCAAAGAAAGCAGAGUUGGAUCCUUAUAAAGUCCAAGGAUACACAUCAUUAGAAUACACUAAUAUGAACUUGAACUCAUCAUCACUUUUAUAUAUUGGUGGAAUUCCAUCUGCCAUAAAAAUAUCAAGACAACUUCAAACUAGGUCAUUUGCUGGAUGUCUCUAUGAAGUUCGAUUGGAUGGUAAUAAUGUAGGACUCUGGAAUUUUUUGACAAACGAAGGAUGUAGUGGUUGCGAGGAAGGGGCAACUGGACAAAUUGAUGAUUCAAAAUAUAGGUUUACAGGAGGUGGUUAUGCUAUACUUAACCAGCCAAAACUCCAAGGUUUUACUCAACACGAUGUCAUUUUAAAGUUCAAGACUUUUGAUGAAAAUGCCUUGUUAUUUUUCACAGCAAAUCCUGAAAAGGGUCAGUUUGUGUCAAUAGAACUUCGAAAGGGGAAAAUAUUCUACCAAGGAAGUGUAGGACCAACCUUUAGCAGGCUGGUAUUAAGCACAACUGAAAAAUUCAACACUGGAAAAUUAGUGAAUAUAAAAGUGCGUCGAGAUAAGAACAGAGUACAACUUAAGAUACAAGACUCUGUUCUUGAAGCAACAACAGAUGACUGGAGAAAUAAUUAUAAAAUUUACCUGAAUACAAAUACUAAAAUGUAUUAUGGAGGAGUUCCACCUAACUUCUCUGCUUCCAGCUUUCCAGAUGUUGGUUUCAAGAGUUUCCAUGGUUGCAUGAGUGGUCUACAGAUUGGAGCUACUACUGUAAACCUGUUAAAUGCAGAAAGUUAUAACUUGUCACCCGAAUGUAGAGAUGAGCCAAUUAAACUGGUCAGAUUCAGAGGAAUAGGAUAUUUGGAAAUGAAAUCUCAGUCACUGGAAAAGGAAUCCAAUUUUAGUUUCACUUUCCAAACCAAAGAUGAAAAUGCUCUUUUGAUGCUGUCGACUUUUGAAGGAAGUGGUGAGGAGAAGAAGAACAAUAACUAUAUUCAAAUAAACACAUUAAAUUUACUGAGGUUUGAAUUAAUUUUAGUAAAUUUUUGGAAGGUUGUGAUUAAUAAAUCCAAAAGAAAACUUUACCUCACUGUUGAUGAUAAAGAAAUGCAGUCUGUUGAAGUGCCUCAAAAGUUGCGAGUUCGAUCACUAACUUAUGUUGGUGGUGUAUCAAGGCAGUUAAAGUUAGAUGAAGGUUUGGUUAAAGAAAGUGUCAGAGGAUGCAUUCGUAAUCUUCAUGUCAAUGAUGAAUACCUUUAUUUAGCUACUGGAAAACCAGCUCAAGCAGUUGGACAGUGUUUUGCUAAGGUUGAACCAGGUGCUUAUUUUGGUGGUGAUGCCUAUGCCAUUUAUGACAAUGACUUUAACUUGGGGAUCAGUCUGAAUGUAUACUUGGAGUUUAAGACUACCCAGCUGAAUGCUGUUUUACUGAGUUUUAGUGAUGGAAUUGGAGCUGCUUCUUUCAGCAUUGAACUUAAUAAUGGAAAGGUGAUUGUCACCAUGGCUACUGGAAGAAACAUGGAGCCAAUCAAAGCUAUGAAAUCUUUCAUGUCUAAGUAUGAUCUGUGUGAUAACAUGUGGCAUGAGAUAUUAGUUGAAUACAAAGAGAAUGUUGUCAGCUUAAAGGUAGAUAGGGAAGAUUUAGAGUCGGGUAUUAGCAAGAGUGAAUCAACAACAAGCUACUCUCGUCAUCCUCUAUACAUUGGAGGGCUUCCAGAGAGUGCACCUAAAGGAAUGCUUCAGAUUCAAGAGAACUUUAAGGGCUGCCUGAGAAACGUUUCUAUCAAUAACAAACAGUUGAAUUGGGUUCAUUUGGAUGAACUUCGAAAUGUUUUGCCAGAUUCUUGUCCAUCUUCUAAUCUUAUCUCUAUCUAAGUUGAUAAAUUUGAGUUUACACACACAAUGCAUUGAAUGAUAUUGUCCAAGUGAGACAAAUUACUAAUAUUGUUAAUCAAUUUCUUUUAAUUUACUAAUUAUUAUGUAAAAUUUAUUAUGAAUAAUAACGUUUUGAACUCAACAAAUGGUUGCUUAUUUUUGACAUGGGGUGUUAAUACAGUGGUAUAGUUUGAUUUAAUUAAAAUUAUACUUAAAUCAGGCACAUUGGUAGUGACUUGAAUUAAAAUUCAUUUCUAAUAUUAUGAAAUAGCAACAAGUUUUUACAAACAUGAGUUUCAACACAUUCAUGUGUCAUUUUCAGUCCAACAAAACUAAUGAAACCAACAAAGAUGUCCCUAAUUAAAAAUCCCUUACUUUGAUAUUGCUGGUACGAAAUUUAUCUAAUUUGAAAUUAAAAAUAUAAGAAUUAUUAUUGGAAAGAAGGUAAGAUUUUUCAUUUAACUAUUAAAUUGUCAGAAUCCAAAACUUGCAUUUUAUAUAUACAAUAGUGGGUAAUCCAAGA